UAUAUCUAAAAAGAGGAGGGGUUGAGGAAUAUCAACAGAGCAACAGACCACGGCUUUUUGCCAUUUCUACUUCGUGUUGCUUUGCUUUUUUUCUGCCGCCCCCGAUCGCGGAGAUGUCUCGAAAACCCAAAGAAGAGUAUUAUCGUUUUUUUACCGUCUCGGACCCACGCACACAUGAGAAGGGACACACAGAGUAUAAAGUGACAGCAAGGUUUGUGUCCAAACGUCAUCCAGAAGAUUUGAAGGAGGUGGUCGUGUGGAGGAGGUUUUCAGAGCUGAAGAAGCUUCAUGGAGAGCUGGCCUACACACACAGGAACCUGUUCAGAAAGCAGGAGGAGUUCCCAUCUUUUCCGCGUGCGCAGGUUUUCGGAAGGUUUGAUGAGGCUGUCAUCGAGGAGAGGAGGAAAGCAGCAGAAGCAAUGCUUCUAUUUACGACCAGAAUACCUGCUCUUUACAACAGUCCACAGCUUAAGGAGUUCUUCAGAGGAGGGGAAGUCACAAGGCCUCUGGAUUCCUCCCCUCUGUCCUCAGCCGGGCCUCUGCCUCCCCCUCUCAUUCCCCUCCCCAAACGAAGGGCCUCAGACUGUGAGCCUGCAGAAGAAGAGGAGGGGAGAGAGGCUCCCACUUUGCCCCAAGAUCUGGGCACCAACCUAAGCCUCGAGGUGGGGGAAGCAGAGGUGGCAGCCGAGGCUUACAGCGAGAUUGGAUCUCCAAGAAAAGAGGACCAAGAGGAGCUGAGUGACACAGAGCUGGGUGAUCGAGCUCCAUCUCCUGACCUUAACCCAGAGCAACACAUCCAAUGUAAAGAAAAUCAGGAAGAGUUUGAUUCUCUGUUUGACUCUGUGGCAGAGGAACCAGUUCCAUCCCCAAAGGAUGAGGGUCCUCCUCCACUCUCUGACAAUGACUUGGCUGUCUUUGAUCCCUGCUACAAACCAGAUAGAUCAAACUCCUGCACUGACCAUUCAGAAUUGUUCUCAUUGCCACCAACCUCUGUGGAUGGAGGGGAUGUGGGUUAUUUGAACCAAGCAGCAAAAGAGCUGAAAGCUGCCAUGGAGAUGGAGAAGGGGGGGGAGUUUGACUCUGCUAUCCGUGGAUACAGGACGGCAGUGGAUAUACUAAUCACUGGAGUGCAGGGAGAGCCAGAUCCAGUUCGGAGAGACUCUGUGAUGAGAAGGACAGCUCAGUAUCUGAAGCAUGCUGAGAUGCUGGUGGACAGGCAUUCCUCCCCUGGUCACUCUCACACACCGACACACUCACAAGCACAGGGCCCAUAGACACACUCACCCAACCAUAUGUUGUGCUUAUAGAGUGUUCACACGUGAGGAUCAGCCAGAGACAAAGAAGCUCAGGGUUGUGGCACAGGCCCAUUUCAUACAUUAAAAAAAGGUCAACAAACAAUCCCAUAGAUAGAAACACACAGCAAACUCUGAUACACGUACAUCAGACUAAUCUACCAUGUAUCAGAAUACCUGAGUAGAAGGCUGCUUAGGUGAAACCACACAACUGUACGUGGCACAAAUACACUCCUGAGGUACACACCGCACUGCACACUGGUUUCUUCUGCUGCCUUUGUUAAGCGAGAAUGUGUAAUUUACCAAAUUAAUUAACUGAAAAUAUGGAAACUGAAAGUAACCGCUGACUUAAUGGACAUUCUCUUUAUCUUGAUUUUUUUAAAUUAAAUAAUGUGUAUGUUUAUCAGCGAUUUGCCAUUUGCACAAUGUUUUAUUAAU